UGGUGUUGGCUGGAGCUUGACAAUUUAGCGCGUCUUUUUUUUUUGUUUUUAUACUACAAUUAUUAUUUCAUUUAUUUAAUUAUAAUUAACAAUAAAAAUUUGCUUUUUUUAAAGUUCGAUCAUUUAAUUAUCAUUAUAUUACAAUUAUUUAUUACUGAUUGAGUUUAUUGGUUACUUUUCGUUGGUGUUAUUUAUUACAAUUUUCCAAGAGGUUAAUGUAUUGGAAGUUCAGAUUCAGAUUUUUUCACCUUCGUAUUAUUAAUAUUAAUUAGUGGAACUAAUUGGUAAUUAAUUUUUAAAGCUUUCAAGGACUAAGGACUUCUUAAAAGCUCAAAAUGGAUCGUUCUGCAAAGGAAGCUGGCAGAAAAAUGGUUUUAAAUGAUUUAGAAAGCUUUCAUGAUAAAUUUUUAGAAGGGAUGGCCACCCUGAAGCAGAUGCACAUAAAUGAGAUAAACUUUAUAAGAAAUUUGGGUGAACAAAUAGAAAACUCUAGAUCAGGAUUCCUGCCUAAAACACCAAAGCCACCGCGUAAACGUAUACACACGAUCCCCGAAGAUGAGGAAGUAACAAAACCAAGCAGAAAGAAGCACCAUGAUGUGGAAGAAAAAAAGGAUGAUGAAGAAGAAGAAGAAGAGGAAGUUGAAGAACCAGCUCCUAGAUCCCGUCGUGGCGCUUCUAUAAAAGCUAAUGAGAAGAUAAAAAAGCAACAAUCAUUAACUCUGAACGCGAAACUGCGCAGACCUCCAUCAAUAAUUGAAGAUGUAGAAGAAAUAAAACAAGUUGUGGUAAAGAAGCCUCGAGCUACCCGAGGGAAACGGGUCAAACAGUCCGUUAGUGGAUCUGACGACGAUGAGUUCAAACGACCUUCAAAACUCACUAAAAUUGAUAAGAAGAGUUCUAAGCUGUUGGAUAAAGUAGAAGUCAAAAUAGAGCGAAUCUCAUCAACUACCGUUGAUCUGAAUGAAGAUAACGAAGUUGAUGCUCAGACUCCACCUCACGAAACAAGACAGACACGCAGUAGGUCAUCAGCUAAAAAACAACCUGUAGCACCCAUACCAGAGCCAGCUGCUGAUAACAGUAUCGAUGAUCAAGACGAUACUCUUAAAACUGAAGCAUCGUUAUACGAAGAUGCUAUCGGUAGUAAAAUACUUCCUAUGAAUUCGACAAUGAAUCCAAAUACCACAAUAACCAUUGAUAGAAAAAUGAUGAAUGUCACGGUGGUCAUUGAUAAAAUAAUGAAUGAAACCGUGACUCUGACUAAAAACUCACUGCCUAAAAUAUCUGGCGGACCAGGACCAUCAGUUCUACAAUCGAAGAUUAAUUUACAAAAUAAAUUAUCAUCAUUUAAAUCAAAUCUUGAUAACUCAGAGCUUGAUGAGAUGCUUACUGAUGAUGAAUCCUCACCAGAGCGAGUGAGAGCUGCUACGAAAACCGAAAAAGUAUUGACUAAAAAAUUAUGUAAAACAAAGCCAAGUGUUAUUAGCGAAACUGAUGAUGAUACUGAUGAUGAUAAUGUUUUACCUACGCCAGUUAAAACAAAUUACAAAACAAAAGAUUUGAAAUAUAAAUCUAAUGCAUUGUUUAGUCCUUAUGCUAAAGAAUCUGUUAAGAAAAAAGUUGAAGCUUUUGAACAAGUAACGCGUAGUCCUACCAAAGAACAGACAACUGGGAGAAUUACGAGAACCAAAACACGCGCAAUGGCAACUGCUGCUACUGCUGAUACUGUGGCAACUAAUAAGCCACCUAAUCCAGCAGCUAUUCUUGCACGUAAAUCAUUGGCUAAAGCUAAAAAAAUAUCAAUUGCUAAAAUGAAGCGUGACGAUGAUAAUGAAAAAGAAAACGCGUUAUUAAAUUCAGCUCAAAAAUCACGAUUGCCGGUUAAGAAUGAUAAAAUAACACAAAAACAACAGUUGAGAACAACACCUGUCAGUAAAGCACGUAUGCCCAUGCCGAUGUCAGUUAAUCGUAUCGCUCAUACUCCAGUCAAUACACAUGUAUUACCAUCAUCUAAAGCAGCAACAGCAGCUAAAACAAAUUAUUUAAAUCAUGGAUCAUCUGUUGAUUCUGUUAAUCAACUUAAGCCAUUGAGUAAAUCAAAUUCUGUUGACAGUUUGGUUGACAAGAAGCAGAGAUUAAAUGAAGAGGACGCGAGAUUAAAAAAAGAAGAAGCGCUAAGACAACAAACUGAAGAAAAACGUCGCAAACGGGAGGAAAAAGAAUUGAAAAAUAAAUUGGCGCGGGAAGCGAAGGAAAAACUGGAACAGGAAAAGCGACUUAAACUUGAAAAGGAAAAAGAACUUAAAGCUAAACAGGCAUUAAUUAUGCAGGAAAAAAUGCGCGAAGAAGCUGAGAAAAAACGAAUUGCCCAGUUACAACGUGCUCAGGAAAAGGAAGAAAAGAAGAAACAAGAAGAACUACUGAGAUUACAGAAAAUGCAAGAGAUUGAAGAAACUGAACGGAAACUUGCUGAACAACGGCGACGUGAACAGGAAAAUGAACGUCGCAAAAUGGCUGAAAUGAGAGCUCAGCAAGCUGCUGCUAUGGAAAAUGCUAAACUGAAGCAGCAGUAUCAAGCUAAAGUUAAAGCAUUGCAGCAAGAAAAAAUACAACAACAGCAACAACAACAUGAUCCGAUUUCAUAUAAAAUAGACACUGAUCCUGAUGAUGAUGAUUCGGAUAAUGAGUCGAAUCCAAAGCACCCGAUACCAUACUGGGCACAAGCGGGAGUCAGGAAAAUUCAAUUGGAAUUACAACAAUAUAUUCCAAUAAAUAAUGUAUUGAAAUUUGUUGGAGCUAAAAAAUGUACACCAAAUUUAUCAGAAUUAUUUGUUGGUAUUAAAAAAGAUCGUCUUAAAAGAACGUCAAGUGCUGUAUGGAGAUCACCGCCUCGAUUUUCAAUGAUGGAAGACGAUGACUAAGACUAUUGAUACUUUUUAAUUAUUGAUUACAGUAAAUAUAUUGUUUGUUAUUAUUAUUUAUUUACAGAACAAAAAAAAAUACUAAAGAACGAACAAAUAAAUUUUUCGUGUAUAGGUUUAAUUUUUGUAUGAACAAUAUUUUAGUUAGCCAGCGAUAACUUCUAAAAAAAAUACGGAUACACGAGUGCUAAUUUAAAAAAGUUAUAAUAAUUUUUUUUUUAAAUACUUCAUUAUUAUAUCUGCCUUAUAAAUUUAUAUGUAUAUUGAUUAGACUAAUACUUGAUAUUUUACAGCACAAAGUGUCUGAAUUUUUUUUAUGUAGAUCAAACUUAUGUUAAAAUUAACUUCUAAGAUACGAUAAGAAAAAAUAUUAUUAAAAAAAAUUUACAUAUAUCAUUAGUUAAGUUAAGA